AAAAGGAUGAACCAAAUAGUAAUCAUAACCAAACAACGUGACCGAAUCCCAUCACAAACCUCUCAUCCCGAAUACGAAGUCAGAGACGAGACACAGGGUUGAAACGCGGACUCAUCCGACGCACCUUGGAGUAGGAGUUAUACAACACCAUGCCCGCAGUACCAGCAGGGAACUACUACCAGCAGGGUCAAGGGCCCAGCUGUUGGGAUCGUGUCAAGCUUGGGUUUAUGAUGGGUUUCUCAGUCGGCAUGGCAACAGGGGCCCUGUUUGGUGGUUUCACAGCUCUUAGAUAUGGUCUACGCGGCAGGGAACUAAUGAAUAAUGUAGGGAAGGUUAUGUUGCAAUCAGGUGGAACUUUCGGUACCUUUAUGUCCAUUGGAGCGGGAAUCAGAUGUUAGCAAACCCACCCUAGAUUUUUCAUGUGUUCUUCAUUUAACCUGAUGUAGCUAUGGUGUUUUCUUGUGACUUUAGAUGGAAUAUUGAAUAAGCUCUCCUUUCAAAGUGUGGCUCGCAGGGCAAGAAAGAGCAAGCAGAUAGCUCAUUUCUGCAUAAUUGAUUGGAGAUGACAUUGGCAUGUAAGUGGGACUGCUUCAUAUAACAAAUGAUUAAAAUAUACUUUCCUAUUUAACCAUCAUUAUCAUUUACUCCAAGAACAAAUUUGUCUUUUGUUUUGUUUUUUACAGAAAUUAUAAAGCCUUGUAAUAUUUUCAAAUAUACAAGAUAUAA